AAGCUUCUGCCUCCCACUCCUCUUUUCUUGCCUCACAAUUCUCUCUCUGUUUAAACUUUCAAGUGUUAAAUUGCUAAGAAACACUUUCCUUGUAGAUAAAUAAGAGAAAAAGAAGAUUCAGUUUCCGCGUUUUCGUAAGCCAAUACUUUUGAGUUCUCUCUCAAAACGUGCAAGCUAACUUCCCAAAUUCUCUCGAUAGAACUUCAAUUUCAUCCACAGUUUCUCUCUUCUUAAUCCUCUUCUUCAAGCUUCUUCUUCAUUGCUUCUAGUUCUCCUCCUUCUUCUUCCCUUUCUAUUUAACCUAAACCCCAUGUUUUACUAUUUUUCUCCAUCUUUUUCCCUCUCCAAUCGCUUUCCAUUGUCCAAUCCCUUUCUGGGUUUUGUUCAUUUAUCAUCUUUCUCAAACCCCUUUUGAAGAUUUCCACCAUUUCCGCAAAUUUCACUCCAAACCCUCACUCGAUUGAAGAGUCUUCAUUUUCAGGAAGAACCAGGUUGCAAAAGCUGAGGAAAUUUGUGCUGUUUCACUGAAAAUCGAAGUAAUGGGAGCCCAUUUGAGCAAAAAGUCUUCAGUUCCAUCCAUUAAUCUAUCCCCUAAUUUGGCUUACACGACGGAGCUGAGUUCUUAUGAAGCGGCUUGUAAGGCUGACGCCGAUCUACAAUCGUUUGAUUCCACUCUCCAAGCUCGUACUAACCAAGCAAUUAAUACCAUCGCUGUUGGCGUUGAGGUUAGAGCUCUUUCCUUUGAUUCUCUUAAAGAAAUCACAGAAUGUUUAUUAGAAAUGAAUCAAGAAGUUGUGAAAGUAAUUUUGGCUUGUAAGAAAGAUAUAUGGAAGAAUCAAGAGUUGUUUGAAUUAGUUGAGGAGUAUUUUGAGAAUAGCUUGCAGUCUUUAGAUUUCUGUACAGAAUUGGAGAAGUGUUUGAAAAAAGCUCGUGAUAGCCAUCUUUUGAUUGUAAUGGCGAUUCAACAAUUUGAGGAGGAAGUUAAAAUGGAAGAUGGGAAUGGAUAUGUCAAAACUUUACAAGAGCUAAGGAAUUUUAAGGCUGCUGGUGAUCCAUUUACAGAUGAGUUUUUCCAAAUAUUCAAUGCUGUUUAUAGGCAACAGAUUGGAAUGUUAGAGAAACUACUAAUAAGGAAGAACAAGCUUGACAAGAAACUCAAAUCCAUGAGCACUUGGAGGAAGGUGUCUAGCAUAAUCUUUGUAGCUACUUUUGCUAGUGUGUUGAUAUGUUCAAUUGUAGCAGCUGCCAUGGCAGCUCCACCGGUUGCAGCGGCAAUGGCUGCGGCAGCUUCGAUUCCGGUGGGAUCAAUGGGGAAAUGGAUUGAUUCAUUAUGGAAGAACUAUGAGGCUGUUUUGAAGGGACAGAAGGAAGUGUUGAGCUCAAUGCAAGUGGGAACAUAUGUAGCUAUUAAAGAUAUGGAUAACAUUAGAGUGCUUAUUGAUAAAUUGACAGUGGAGAUAGAAUCACUUUUGAAGAAAGCAGAUUUUGCCAUUGAAGAGGAAGCUGUGAAGCUUGGGGUGGAAGAGAUGAAGAAGAAACUGGGACAGUUCAUGAAGAAUGUGGAGGAUUUGGGAUUACAGGCUGAUACUUGCAGCAGAGAUAUUAGGAGGGCUAGGACAGUGGUUUUACAAAGGAUCAUAAAACAUCCUAACCAUUGAAUUUAAUCAAACUGCUCUGUUCUGCUACUAGCAAGUUGAUGUUUUGGUAAAUUGGUUUGGAUUUUGUUUUUUAUGAUGAAUCCAAUAGAUUGUUUCAUUUUAAAACAUGGAAAACUUUGGGUGUUGACUUAUUGUUUAAUUAUGGUUGUGUAAGUGUAUUCUCUUAAGCAAGUUAUUGAAUUUGAUAGUUUCCACCUCU